AUGACGUCCACCUGCACCAACAGCACGCGCGAAAGCAACAGCAGCCACACGUGCGUGCCCCUGUCCAAAAUGCCCAUCAGCCUGGCCCACGGCAUCAUCCGCUCGAGCGUGCUGCUCGUGUUCCUCACCGCCUCUUUCGUCGGCAACAUCGUGCUGGCGCUCGUGUUGCAGCGCAAGCCGCAGCUGCUGCAGGUCGCCAACCGCUUCAUCUUCAACCUCCUGGUCACUGACCUGCUGCAGAUUUCGCUCGUGGCCCCCUGGGUGGUGGCCACCUCCGUGCCUCUCUUCUGGCCCCUCAACAGCCACUUCUGCACCGCGCUGGUGAGCCUCACUCACCUGUUCGCCUUCGCCAGUGUCAACACCAUCGUGGUGGUGUCCGUGGACCGCUACCUGUCCAUCAUCCACCCUCUCUCCUACCCCGCUAAGAUGACCCCCCGCCGGGGCUACAUGCUCCUCUACGGCACCUGGAUCGUGGCCAUCCUGCAGAGCACCCCCCCUCUCUACGGCUGGGGCCAGGCUGCCUUUGACCAGCGCAACGCCCUCUGCUCCAUGAUCUGGGGGGCCAGCCCCAGCUACACCAUUCUCAGCGUGGUGUCCUUCAUCAUCCUGCCGCUGGUCGUCAUGAUUGCCUGCUACUCCGUGGUGUUCGGUGCCGCCCGGCGGCAGCAUGCCCUGCUGUACAACGUCAGGAGCCACAGCUUGGAGGUUCGGGCCAGGGAUCGUGUGGAGAACGAGGACGAAGAGGGAGAGAGGAGGGCUGCGUCCCGGCGCCAGGACGGAGGUGAGGCCGAGGCCGAGGAGGGCGGCGUGCAGGCCGAGGAAGAGAGCGCGGAGGCCAGUGCGGGCAGGGUGGCGGCCGCGGGCAGCGAGGAGGUCCGGGACGGCGGCUCGGUGGCCAGCGAAGGCAGCUCAGAGGGCCGGGACGGUGGCCCCCAACCCGCCGGCAGCGUGAAGGCGGACAAGGGCCGCGUGGAGGUCAGCCAGUGCAACGUCGACCUGGGUGAAGAUGACACGGAGUUCGGCGAGGAUGACCUCAACUUCAGCGAGGAGGACGUCGAGGCAGUGAACAUCCCCGAGAGCCUCCCGCCCAGUCGUCGAAACAGCACCGGCGACCCCCCUCUGCCCAGGUGCUACCAGUGCAAGGCUGCGAAAGUGAUCUUCCUCAUCGUCUUCUCCUACGUGCUCUCCCUGGGGCCCUACUGCUUUCUGGCGGUUCUGGCCGUGUGGGUGGAUGUCCAAACCAAGGUGCCCCAGUGGGUGAUCACCAUAAUAAUCUGGCUUUUCUUCCUGCAGUGCUGCGUGCACCCCUACAUCUACGGCUACAUGCACAAGACCAUCAAGAAGGAAAUCCAGGAUAUGCUGAAGAAGUUCUUCUGCAAGGAAAAGCCCCCGAAAGAAGACAGCCACCCGGACCUGCCGGGAACAGAAGCCGGCACAGAGGGAGGGACCGAAGGCAAGACCGUCCCUUCGCACGACUCCGCCACUUUGCCUUGA